GAGGAUCGGAGGGUGGAGCUCCACCUCACCGCUCACAGCCACAGGUAUACUGUUUUAAGUAGAGGCUGUCUGAAAGUUUUCAGAGGUGGAAAUGAGGACCGGGUGCUGUGCAAUAAUGACAAUGGACGGCACGGUCAAGCAGCCAGAUGUUGCUCUCCACUGAGUGUAAGUUAGAUCACAGAGGCCAGGCUAACGAUGGGGAGCUUUGUGGCUGACCUGUUUCUGCUCCUGCUGAUUUCUGCAGGACACGUUUAUGGAGUGUCAUUCUACGGUGAUGGCUACAUCCACCUGCGGACAGUGGAGGCGUCCAUUCAGACGUUGCUCCAUGUACGAUUUCGGACCUCCAGCCAGGCGGGGAUGCUGUUUUUGGCAGCUGGACGCAGAGACUUCCUGUUGCUGGAGCUGAUCUCUGGGCGCCUGCAGGUUCGUCUGGACCUGGGCUCAGGCGAGCGUUCUCUACGCUCAGAGAAGGGCAUCCAUCUCAGCGACCUGGCGUGGCACACCAUGGAGCUGACCCACAACCGCCACAACAUCAACAUGACCGUUGACCGAAACUCUCACACCAGCCUCCGAAUGCCAGGACCGGAUCUGGAGCUCAGAGUCGAAGAUGGGCUUUUUGUUGGUGGGGCCGUCGGACUGAAUCACCCAUAUCUCCUGAACAUCUCCACUGGGUUUAGAGGUUGCUUGGACGAAGUUGUCUUCAAUGAACAUAACCUGUUGUCCAGCUUAAGGCCUUAUUCCGGAUACAAGCGCGUCCACGAGGUAUCUCUCGGCUGCAGUCCCCAGUUUUCUGCAACAGAAGAAGAUUCGGUUAGUUUUUUCAGCUCUAAAGCCUUUAUGGGUCUUCCGCCUUGGGAGGGGCCACAGGAGGGGGUGUUUGAAUGUGAAUUGUUCCCCUCUGCAAGAGAAGAAGAUGGUAUGGUCCUCUUCAGCGCUGGCAACCAGGGAGAGUUUGUUGCCAUCGAGAUCAGAGAUGGUAACAUUGUGGCUACAGUAGGAAAUGGAGAGGGGAGUAAGGCCGAGCUGCGUUCUUUAACACAUGUUCACAGCAACCACACCUGGUACCCCAUCAGGCUGCACCUGCUGCCCGACAGCGUGCAGCUGAAGGUGGGUGAGGAGUUGAUCAAGGCCUCCCUGAGUCUGGAGCUUCAGGUCAUCCAGCUCAAAGGGCCUCUCUUCCUCGGAGGGACGGACGAAGAAGCCCACAGCGAGGCGAGGCGAGCGGGGCUGAUGUCUGCUGAGCCUGGGGGGCAGCUGGCUGGAGAAGGAGGCUCCUUUAAAGGCUGCCUCAGGGAAAUUAAGGUUAACACGCAAAGAACAGGCCUACCUCACGCUACCAUCACCAAGGACAUCACUGUGGGCUGUAAGACAGAGCGAGCUCCAGAGCCGGUGACCACCGUAAGCCCAACUGAUCGUCCAGAGUUUGAUGUUACAACCACACGACCAAUUACCAGCAAUAAGAAGAACCCUCACUUUCUGUUUCUGAGAAAGCUAGAGGUAAUGGAGGGAGGCCGGGCACCGCUGGAGCCGAAACACAUGAGGGUGAAUCUUGAUUUCCGGAAAUUCGGCAUUCAUCCAUCCCAGCUGAUGUUCCGCAUUGAGGCGCAGCCGGUACACGGCCAUCUCCGGCUGGACCUCAGUCCUGACCCUGAUAGGAUGCUGGGCAGUGGGCAGGAGAGGACUAUCACCAUCGGUGCAGAAGAGGUCGACCGGACUUUCAGUAUGCUGGACCUGUGGCAGGGCCGGGUGAUGUACGUUCACAGUGGGUCAGAGGACCAGCAAGACUUCUUCAUGUUUUCAGUCUUCUCAAGCAAAAAGAAGGAGCUCCCUGUGUUUCUGAAGGGAAACCGUCUGCAUCGUUUUGACAUUAUCAUCAGUCCUGUCAACGAUGCACCGGUGCUCAGCCUGCCGGAGGGAAACUUUUUCAUUCUGCUGGAGAACUCCAAACGACAGCUUACAACAGAUGUGCUGAGGGUGUCGGACCCUGACAGCAGUGCUGCUGAUCUGGUGUUCAGCUCCCUGGGAAACCUUAAUACUGAGGUUGGACACCUUGAGCACCAGGAUUACCCUGGCAGGGCUGUUAACUUAUUCUCUCUGAAUGAUCUGGAGGAAGGUAAGAUCAGCUUUGUUCACACCGGGGCCCCCACCUCCAGGCUGGCACUCAGGGUCAGCGACGGGAUGAAGGUGAGCAACACAGUAGUUUUAAGGAUUAUGGCGGUGCAGCUCGAACACAAACUGGCGAAUAACACCGGAUUGGAGGUAAAUCAAGGCGGGGCUUCCAUCAUCACAACCAAUCACCUUGCAGUACAAGUUAACGUGGAUGAUCAGACAGUGGAAAUUCGCUAUGAAGUCACAGACUUGCCACAGUAUGGUGAGCUCCAGCGGCUGCACUCAAGUGGUGAAUGGAAACAAACAACCUACUUUUCUCAGAAGCUUCUAGAAAAAGAACGGGUCCGAUACCUUAGCACCUACCGCGGCCUUCAGACUCAGCACAACAUUACUGAUUACUUCAAAUGUAAAAUCAGCAUUGGUUCCCAGGCUACUGAGGAAGUUGUUUUUCCCAUCGUGGUUCACUGGAUACACUUCAAAGUCACACGCAGUAAGAUGGAGGUUAACGGUGUUCAGACUACUGUUGUCACUCCUUCGGACCUCAAUGUGAUUUCUAAGGGUGUUAAACUCAAUGAGAGCGACCUCCACUUCAGGCUGCUGACAGUAACAAAGAAAGGAAAGCUAGUCCUUAACAACAAAGUUCUAGAGAGGAACUCAACCUUCAGCCAGAAGAAUAUCACAGAUGGCUUGUUGAAGUACGAGCUGCUCAACAUGCUGCACGAUGAUACAAGAGAUUUGUUCAGCUUUCAGGUGUUUUCAACACAUGCCAGAUCAACAACUUAUGACUUCAGAAUCAACAUCAAAGCAGAGUCGACCGCCAUUACUGUCGUAAACAAAGGCCUGUCAACCAUGGAAGGAGGAAGUAAAGUCAUCAGCAAAGAUAUCCUGUUCACUCACACCGCAAGUAACCGGGAGGUCCACUACACUAUUACAGCGAGCCCCAGACACGGGCACAUAAGGAGGAUCAACCUCUCAAACUCAACUUCCAUUAACGACAACAUUAUGACAUUCACAAACCAGGAUAUCAAUGAGGAGAGGAUCAUGUACGUUCACGAUGACAGCGAGACCAAACAGGACGCGUUCACUUUUCAAAUUAUGGUUUACAAACCGCACAAACGGACCAGCAAGAAGGAGGAUGGAAACACAGCCGAACACACCUUCAAUAUCUCGGUGCAGCUCAUCAACGAUCAGAGACCUGUCAGAGUUGUCGAUAAAGUUUUCCAUGUGGCCCGCGAUGGGCAGAGAUUGGUGACGUUGGAUGACCUUUGUUACCGGGACGAUGACUCAGACUUCGAGGACAGUUGGUUGGUGUACACGCGGAGGGGGAUUCCCAUGGGAGAGCUGGUGAUGGCCAGUGAUACCAGUCACAAACUGUACGAGUUCACACAACGUGACAUCAAGCAGAAAAAAGUGUUGUUCGUCCACAGAGGAGUGAGUUUUGGGCGUUUUGUGCUUUUCGUAUCAGACGGGAAACACUAUGUUUCAACAUUGAUGGAGGUGAUGGCACAGGAUCCUUACCUUCAGGUCAAGAACAACACGGGCCUCAUGGUCCAGCGAGGUGGGAUCACAACACUGACCUCCGCUAACCUCAGCAUCUUCAGCAACCUUGACAUCCGAGACCCACAGGAAGUGACAUUUGAGGUCUUUCUUCCACCCAAACACGGCGUGAUCUGCUUCAAUGAUGGCGAUGGUGAAACCACAACAGAAGCCGAUGCAAUUUCUAUAUUCACCCAGCAAGAUUUGCUGGCGGGGCGCCUGGCGUAUCACCAUGACGGCAGCCAUGAGUUGUCAGAUGGGUUUAAUGUGACGGCAAGAGCAAGAGAGAAGAGCACAGAGAGGCUUUUGGACAGAGGAAGGAGGGAGGUACAUCUGGACAUCGGAGUGCCGGUAAAAAUCUUCCUGGAGAGUCAUCAGAGGCCGCCAACAGUCAUUAAUAAUCAUCCUGUGGUGGUGGCUGAGGGACAGAACGUCUCCAUAAGCAAGGAGCACUUAGAGGUGGUUCAUGAAGACAGCCAGCCCUCAGAGAUAGUUUAUACUGUCCAAAGUCCCCCAGUCCUGGGCUUCCUUCACAACAAGCACAAGAGCAACAAUGGAGAACAGCAGCACUUCUAUCAAGUACGGCCAGCUGACAUCAGAGACCAGCCGACAAGUUCCUUCACCCAGGAGGACCUCAACCAGGGACUGAUCAUCUACCAUCAGCAGAAUGCAGGACUCACCAACGACUCUGUUCUGUUGGAGGCAACCAACGGGGUCACAAAGGUCGGACCAAUCAGGCUCGAGAUUGACAUCAUCCCCAUCCUGCUCCCUCUACAGGUGUCUGACUUGACCCUUGAUGAGGGAUCGUCCCUGCCGCUGACCUCUGACAUCAUCAAGGUGGCAAAUCAUCACUUUUCAGGGAUGAACUUCCUGUACCAGGUCAUCGUUCCACCGCGACACGGACACUUGGAGCACGGCCGGAUCCCGGGCAUGCCCAUCACUGCUUUCACUCACACUGAGGUGGAACGUGAGUACAUCUCCUAUAUCCACGAUGGCAGCGACACGUUGAGAGAUAACUUUACCAUCGUGGCCAAUCAGACGGAAAUCAGGAAGCACAGUCUGCCCUGCACCGCUCACAUCACUGUCACACCUGUUGAUGAUGAGACUCCUGUAGUUACAACCAACAAGGGUCUGAAGGUGUGGGUGGGUUCAGUGACAGAAAUCACCAUAGAUGAUCUGAGUGCCGAGGACUCAGACACUCCCGAGCCUGAGAGGCUGGAGUUCAUCGUCAAUCCGCCCAGCAACGGCCACCUGGCCUUGAAGAGCGCCCCCUCCAGACACAUCCUGAACUUCACCCAGCAUCACAUACAGACUGGACAACUGAUGUUCGUGCACAAUGGUGCUUUAUCGGGUGGCUUUCAGUUCCAGGUCAACGACGGCUUGAACUUCGCCCCUCGACAGAUCUUCAGCACAACUGCCCACUCUCUGGUCCUCACGCUGCAAAGGAAUCAGCCCAUGGAGGUCUACCCAGGCUCUGUGACACCAAUCUCUAAGCUGGAGCUUCAGGCUGUAACCAACGAUGUCAGCGACAUUAAAAGAAACCACUCUGUGAUCUUUACAUUGACCGCUCCUCCUAAACUUGGCAGCCUGGUGCGACGAAUGCCCGACAACUCCACACAAAACAUUUCCACGUUCACACAAAGCAUGGUGAACGAUGGCGUUAUCUUGUAUGAUCAGAACAAGCCACAGUCAGCGGACUGGUCCGCUAUGGACUAUUUCUCUUUCACCGUGUCCUCUCCUCCUGCUUUCCUUCCUCCACACACCUUCACCAUCUUAAUCUCCCACAAGACCAACAAACACUAUGACAGCCCUCAACACAAGACCAAGCUACUAAACAAUGAAGGUGUUGUGGUGGCCGAGGGAGGCAGGGUGACCAUUGACAGGUCUAAACUCGAUGCCUCCAACCUCCUGGGGAAAGUUCCAGAGCACCACCGGAAGGACCACCACAUCCUGUACCGCGUUAUUUUACUGCCACGCCACGGGGCUCUGUCUAUACGAGGACAUAACCUCACCAGGAUCCAACCUGAUUUCUCUCAGGCCACGCUCAACAAGUUUGGCAUCACAUACAUCCACGACGACUCAGAGACGACGAGCGACAGCUUCACCUUCAGGGCCUGGGUGGCUCCUCUGGAUCUCUCCUCCUCCUCAUCUUCAUUCUCUGCUUUUUCCUCUGAUUCCUCCUCCUUUUCCCCUCUCUAUUCAGCCUCCUCCUCCUCCCUUUCAUCAUUAGAUGUUGUUUCUGAUCACCGUACCAAGGAUGGGCUGGCGGUGACGGAGACAUUCAACAUCACAGUGACACCGGUCAACGACCAGCCGCCACUCCUCCGGAGCAGAGCCCCGAGUAUGAAGGUCGUAGUCGGAGAGAGAGUUGUACUCGGACCAGACUAUCUGCAGGUUGAAGAUCAUGACACGCCUCCAGAGGAGCUGCACUACCUGGUGAUCAGUAAGCCCAACAACGGCUACCUGACGCUGGGGGAGAGACCUGAGCCGGUGACCUCCUUCACCCAGUAUGACGUCAACCACGGAAGGCUGCACUUUACGCAGCAGGGUAAACCCUCAGCAGGAGUUUUCUACUUCAAUGUAACUGACGGUCACCAUCGUCCGCUCUACAAACUGUUUAGUUUGGAGGUGAUAAAGCCCUCUGUUUCCAUGGUGAACAACACUGGCCUGUCACUGGUCCAAGGCAGAACCGCUGUCGUCCUGACCACCAACCAGUUUGCAGCUCAAACCAACAGUCGUAUGCCGGCCAACAUCACCUACACGGUCACCACACACCCUCACCAUGGACGCAUUGCCAUCAACGACCAGGAAGUCACCACCUUCCACCACCAGGACCUGCAGUUUGGCCGUGUCGUCUAUCACAUGACUGAUCUCAGCGAAUCAGAGGACAGCUUCCAGGUGUCCGUGUCAGCCUCGUCCCCAGGUGUUGACUAUGGGAGUGUGACAGAGCAGACGGUGGAGGUGACCGUGAGACCUCUGAUCUACCUGAGGGAGCCCGUGAGAGUGCCCAGUGGGAUCGCCGUGAAACUGGGGAAAGCCAUGAUCGAUGCCUCUGAGCUGGCGAGAAUCAGCCGAGCCGACCCGGUCUUUGAGGUUCUGUCUCCACCAAAACAUGGAAAACUCGUCAAGAUGACCUACGACCCCAACCGAGCAUCACAGGUCCUGAAAUCGUUCACGUUCAGAGACGUGGUGCAAGGCCGGGUCGCCAUCGAGGAGACUCUCAGUGAUGGUGACGACCAGCCGCAUAGCAACCAAUCAGCUGUCACGACAGCUCGAGGCCACGCCCCCGCCACGCCUCUCAACGAUUCUUUCGUCUUCCUGCUGAAGGCUGGAAACGUCCAACCGGCAAAGGGUGAGCUGCACUUCACCAUCUUCCCCCACCACCAGAUGCAUCAUGGUCCCGGCAGCGCGACGACAGACGGCGCAGGUCGAGAACACACAACAACCCGCCACCCGACACAUAAUAAGACGACUACGGAGAGAGUCGGUGGGCGGGGGGGUUCCACGACGCUCGGCGCGGUCGGAGUCGGUUUGCCCCCCCACAUUUUGUCUCAUAAGCACCACAACAGGACGCAGCACAAGUUGAGGCCUCACAGCCGCUGGGGGAACCACACCCGCAGUGGGAGUCAUGGAGGGAGAUCAGGAGGCAGCGCAGAGGGAGGAGGAGGGGGGCACAGCCACGCCACACAACCCCACACUCCUUCUGUGUCGGACAAACACGGGCCAGCGUUCCCUCCCGACACCCACCUGGUCCACGUUGAGAUGCUCCCCCGGCCCUCCGCCGACCCGCUCCUCAUUAUCCUGCCGCUGCUCGCCUGUUUGCUCCUCAUCAUAAUCCUUGUGGUUUUGAUUCUGGUGUUCCGUCGCCGCAAGGAGAAACAGGCCCGGCUGCGGCUCCUGCAGCAGCUCGCCGCGGUGGCGUUACCCCCCGAGGACAGCCCUUACCUGGGCCGGUCGGAGCGGAGCGUGGCUAUGCCCUCUGUGGUGGUCACCCCCCUGGGCCCUUCAAGCUGCCCCACCUCUCCCAGAUUACCUUUAAGUCCCAGGAGAAGGAGUCUGGCCCCCGGGAUGACUUUCUGGGGGCCGUUUGAAGCAGAUGCAGGAGGUGGCGAGGGGAGAGGUGGUAACAGCAGUGAAAGAGAUAACGUCACUGCAGGAUUCAAGACCUCUGUGAGAUCUAGGUCCCCUACUCCGACUCUUAAAGACAACCAGUACUGGGUUUGAUGGAAGUAAUCCAAAGAAAAACUGUGCCUUAGAGCUGGGUAGCAUAUGCAUCUGUAUUCAUCUAAGGCACAUCUAACCUGCUAUGAACUUUUUUAAAAAGGGGGAAAACCUGCACAUUUGUUGAAGAAAUUGUUGUUGUUUUUGUAGGAAAUGAAUAAUGUUAUUAUAUUUAAGUAAUUUCACUGAACCAACAUGAACUACACAAGAAAAAACUACUAUUUAAUUACAGUAACUAAUAAACCUAACCUCAAAACACUGCUUUAAACUUCUAUAGCUGUGAUGAAUAAUCUAUUAUAAUUUUGUAACUGUGGCUGAGGAAGGAAGUGAAACAUAGACUGAAGUUUCUUGCAUUUACUGUAAACGAUUAAAGAUAGCUUUAAAAGAGUAAGUAGCACAACUGGUACUAACACUUCACAUGUCCGCUUAUAGAUCACAAGUCCUGUUUGUACAUGCGACUAAAGCUGCUGUGAGCUUCAAGGUUCAUGCAUGCAAGCUAUUUUUUAUAACAUUCACUGCUCUUUUACUGCUCUGCACAAUGCCCAGUUACCAUUGUCCAAUUUUGCUCAAAAACUGAGCUAUCAUGUACCUUUCUGAUAGUCCUUACAGUAUUUACAAUUCAUAGUGUAGCUUCCUUAGUUCUUGAUUGACCUCAACAUUUUUUGUCACAUUUGACCCCUUAUAUGCCAGCCUCUGUUUGCCACGCACUGUGAAAGAUUUAUUUUUAAUAAAAGAC